AUGUCGAGCUGCUCUAGCCUGGUCGUGUCGAGCUGUGCUGGCCGGGCCGUGUCGAGCUGUGCCGGCCUGGUCGUGUCGAGCUGUGUUGGCCGGGCCAUGUCGAGUUAUGCGGGACCGGCUGUGUCGAGCUGCUCUAGCCUGGCUAUGACGAGCUGUGCUGGCCUGGCUAUGUCGAGCUGCUCUGGCCUGGUCGUGUCGAGCUGUGCUGGCCGGGCCGUGUCGAGCUGUGCCGGCCUGGUCGUGUCGAGCUGUGUUGGCCGGGCCAUGUCGAGUUAUGCGGGACCGGCUGUGUCGAGCUGCUCUAGCCUGGCUAUGACGAGCUGUGCUGGCCUGGCUAUGUCGAGCUGCUCUAGCCUGGUCGUGUCGAGCUGUGCUGGCCGGGCCGUGUCGAGCUGUGCCGGCCUGGUCGUGUCGAGCUGUGUUGGCCGGGCCAUGUCGAGUUAUGCGGGACCGGCUGUGUCGAGCUGCUCUAGCCUGGCUAUGACGAGCUGUGCUGGCCUGGCUAUGUCGAGCUGCUCUGGCCUGGUCGUGUCGAGCUGUGCUGGCCGGGCCGUGUCGAGCUGUGCCGGCCUGGUCGUGUCGAGCUGUGUUGGCCGGGCCAUGUCGAGUUAUGCGGGACCGGCUGUGUCGAGCUGCUCUAGCCUGGCUAUGACGAGCUGUGCUGGCCUGGCUAUGUCGAGCUGCUCUAGCCUGGUCGUGUCGAGCUGUGCUGGCCGGGCCGUGUCGAGCUGUGCCGGCCUGGUCGUGUCGAGCUGUGUUGGCCGGGCCAUGUCGAGUUAUGCGGGACCGGCUGUGUCGAGCUGCUCUAGCCUGGCUAUGACGAGCUGUGCUGGCCUGGCUAUGUCGAGCUGCUCUGGCCUGGUCGUGUCGAGCUGUGCUGGCCGGGCCGUGUCGAGCUGUGCCGGCCUGGUCGUGUCGAGCUGUGUUGGCCGGGCCAUGUCGAGUUAUGCGGGACCGGCUGUGUCGAGCUGCUCUAGCCUGGCUAUGACGAGCUGUGCUGGCCUGGCUAUGUCGAGCUGCUCUAGCCUGGUCGUGUCGAGCUGUGCUGGCCGGGCCGUGUCGAGCUGUGCCGGCCUGGUCGUGUCGAGCUGUGUUGGCCGGGCCAUGUCGAGUUAUGCGGGACCGGCUGUGUCGAGCUGCUCUAGCCUGGCUAUGACGAGCUGUGCUGGCCUGGCUAUGUCGAGCUGCUCUGGCCUGGUCGUGUCGAGCUGUGCCGGCCUGGAGCGCCUACGCGGGUCGAAGAGGAGGACCCCCGUGCUGGAGGGGGCGGUGCAAGGCGGUGGCGUGGCUUCGCCCAGGGGGUCGUCGCUCACGACCCAAGUAGCUUUCCGAGCGGGGUUCACAGACGCCCAGUCAGGUGUGACGAGGUCGAGCCUGUCUGUAUCUGUGACUCCCGACAUCGACCCAGGCUAUAAAAGAACAAUCUGGACUCAUCGACCUGGGACGGGACAGCUCGCCGGCAGAGUGCGGCGGGCUGUCCCGAUGCUCGUGGGCCGCGACCCGCACCAGCCAGCGCCCGGCUCCGAACUGACGGUCGGCGAAGAUAGCAAGCGAGUGCCGCUCGCCGGGCGGGGGCGAGUGGUGGGGGACUCCCAGGUCGUCGAACCGGGGGGCCCAGGAGGACCACGAGCGGACUCGCCGGCGCACCGACUGGCGCUAGAGCUCAGCUACCCUGACGGAGUGGCGGUGGGCCUUGAAGCGCGCGCUGAAAUUUUCAUGGCGAGGAGAUUGCCCGACGCGGCGGCGGCGGCGAGGUCGAGGCCGCCCAGAGACGCGCGACGCCCGGCGUCCUAG